AUGUUGUUCGACGAGGCAGACUCCGAGCUGCUGAAGACGUGGACCAUCAAAAAGCUCGAGGCCAUCGACUCCGACGCGGAUGCGGACGUCCUCGCCGACUAUGUUCUCGCGCUGGUCAAGACAGACGAUCCCGUCGGCGUCGCAAAGGCCAACUGCACCGAGAACCUGCGCGAUUUUCUGAACGAGAAGGCCGAUCGCUUCGUCGACGAGCUCUUCCAGGCACUCACUACCAAAUCAUACGAUCCGUCCCGACCACCACCGAAGCCCACCGCGCCCGCCUACCGACCACCACGCCGAGCCGGCUUCGAGCGCGAGCCUCCGCAGGUACAGACCGCCGGCAAGAAGCGCUCCUACCACGAUUGGGAUCGCGAUGAUUCUCAAGGCGGCAGAUACAUGGGCGGUGACAGACCCGUGAAGCAAGCGCGGAGAGGCGGCAGAGGCGGGCGCCAGCAGUUUGGACAGUACUCUCUGCCGCUGCCUCCAACUCCUCCCCCAGGCAUGCCAGCAUGGGAUCUAAACAAUCCCUUUGCGUCGCUCCAAGCUAUGUAUCAGGCUAUGGGCAUGGUGCUGCCACCGGAGUCCGCCAUGCCUCAGCCGCCCUCGAGAAGCAAUAGAUGCCGGGACUACGACAAAAAGGGCUUCUGCACGAGAGGCGCAACCUGUCCCUAUGAACACGGCGACCAUGUCAACAUCAUUACUGGCGAUGAGUAUGAUCCGACCAAUCCAGGCGUUUUGAACGUGCAGCCAGUGCGGACUGGAGUUGUCAGCACCUCUCCCGCCAAGACCAACCGUAGUUCACAAAGUGGACGAGGCAAGAAUUGGAGGGCCCCAAAGCGCUCCGAAUUCUCUCGCCUGGGCCCGAACUACGACAAGUCGAUCAUGUCUAUCGUUGUAGAGCAGAUUCCCGAGGAGAACUUCGAUGAGCAGACCGUCCGCGACUUCUUUGGCGACUUCGGUAAUAUUGAACAAGUUACGCUGCAUGCGUACAAGCGAGUUGCCAUAGUCAAGUACUACAGCUACGAUUCGGCUAGGGCUGCAUAUGACUCUCCAAAGGUCAUCUUUGACAAUCGCUUUGUAAAGGUCUAUUGGUAUAAAGACGAGACUUCUUUGCCGCAUUCUACCAAAUCUCUCCGGCCUAACGAGCAGAGCGCAGAUGAGGAUAUGAAUGAAGACGAGCCGCCACUCGACAUGGCGCAAAUCGCAAAGCAGCAGGAAGAAGCCCAGCGGAGACAUGACGAGAGGAAGCUGAAAGCUGAAGAAGCGCAAAAACAAAAGGAUGCUUUCGAGGCGCAAGUAAAAGCUCUCGAGGAGCAGAAGAGGAAGAUGCUAGCCAGAGUGGCGAAGAAGGAAGGCAAGCCUAUCCCGGAAGAGAGCGAGUACACUAAAGCGCUCAGAGAGCAACUCGCAAAGCUCGAAGCUGAAGCUUUGACAUUGGGCAUUGACCCCCACGCGGCCACCAAUGAUCUGCACAACCCCAACGAUUAUUCUCGAGGCAGAAGUGGCUACAGAGGACGGCCGCGAGGUCGUGGCGGCUAUAAUGCCAGCUUCCGUGGCGGCUGGGCUGCGGGAAGAGGAGGCGCCGUGAAAAGACUCGAUAACAGACCCAAGACAAUAUGCGUGGCAUUCACGGAAGGCACAUAUGAUGAGCAUGAAGAGGCUCUCCGCUCGUGGCUUCUUGUUCAUGCAUCGGAGACGACUGCGAUGAGCAAACACCCGAGCAGGCAGGACGCCGCACUGAUCGCGUUCGAAGAGCGCUAUCUGGGCGAGAACUUCCACGCUUCUGUAGCGUCGCCGAGCUUUCCACUCUCCGGCAAAGUCGAGCUGUCCUGGUAUGCGGCGCCCAAUGCCUCAAUCACUAAUGGAACAUCAACAGACGUUCAAAUGGAGCAUGCAAGCGACUCGAACGACAUGCAUGGUCGAGAGGACGAACAGCAUGAUGCGCGAGACCUUGAUGUUGCAGAUGAAGACGACCGCUGGGGAUGA